AUGCCUUUGCCACGGAAAGCUUUGAUCGCUGUUACCAGCGCCAACCCUCACUUCUACCCUGACGGGAAGAAGACGGGGUUGUUCUUCUCUGAAGCAUUACAUCCCUUUGACGAGCUUCAGGCAGCCGGCUUCCAUGUCGACAUUGCCUCAGAAACAGGGACCUACGCCUUCGAUGAACAUUCAUUGGAGAAAAAGUAUCUAAAUCGAGAGGAUGAGGAGGUGAUGCGGAACAGCAAUGAUCCAUUCAACAAGAAAUUAAAUAGCCAGAUGUUCAAGGCCGGUGACCUGUCCCCGCAUGAAUACGGUUUAUUCUAUGCUGCCGGUGGCCAUGGAGCAUGCUAUGAUUUCCCGAACGCAAAACACCUGCAGGCAAUUGCCUCGGACAUUUACAACCGUGGCGGUGUUGUGGCAGCCGUGUGCCAUGGCCCAGCAAUACUGGGCGGCAUCAGGGGUCCCGACGACGAGCCGGUGGUGAAGGAUAAGACUGUAACUGGCUUCACUACCGAGGGUGAGCUUGAACUUAAGGUGAUUGACCAGAUGAGGCAAGACAACGUGCAUACGAUUGAGGACUGUUUGAAGCCAUCGGGUGCUCGCUACGAAGCUCCGCCUACUGCGUUUGAGAACUUUGAGAAAAUCGACGGCCGGAUUAUUACUGGAGCGAACCCUGCUAGUGCAAGGGAUACGGCGAGAGACGCUAUAAAAGUGUUUGAUGGGCUGGAAUAA